UUUCAACCGUAAGAUUUUCACUUGAUAAACGUCGCUAAAUGACGUUAAAAACAAAAUGGGAUACGAGGAUUUGCGAGUGGAUUGGAUCCGGGAGAGGGUCUCGGCCGGAUUCAAUUUAAAAAACAAUCCUGAAUGUUUCGACGAACUGCUCAAUCGAGGAGACGGCGAAGAAGAAGUGAAGAUUCUUCACUUUCUGGACCACGUCUCCGACGAGGACUCGCCGUCAUUUCUUCUAUUUUAUAAAACGAUUAGAGAGGAAAAAGUCGAAGUUAAAAUUCCUUCGAAAAAACAAGAUGAAGAUCCCUCUGAGAAACCGGAUGAAGAUACCUCAGAGAAAACAGAUGAAGUCCCGUCAGAGAAUAAAGAUGAAGAGCCCUCAGAUCCUGGCCACACAGUCGCUGGUGAAACACAUGACCCAUCGGACUUAGAGGAACCAAAUGAGGAAACACACGAAACUGAAUUGAAAGUUGUAUAUCACACUGAGCUUCAUGUAGCUGUAAAUGAGCACUUAAAGCAAUUUCUGAAAGCUCGGGUCUUCUACUUUCUCAGGAAUACAAAGGAUUCUAUUCUAGAGCCACGUAGUAUGUCAGAGGCCAACGUCCUAAUGCCGAGGCUGUUUCACAUUGGCAUGCACAACGGAGACCCCAUGCAAGUGCUGCAGAGAAAACUUGUACAUAUGUACAUACCCCUACUCACUGCACACCAGAUGUCCAGUACUGCUUCAGGUGUUCCGCCUAAAGAGAAACCUCCUCAGGACAAGACUAGUAAAGAUGGUGAAAAGAAAGAGAAAAUUAAAAGUAAAGAAGAAGAGAGUUUGGUUAAGUCAAGUGGGAAAUUGAUACUUCGUGAUGAACUGCUCAACAGAACACACAAGUUUUUGGGAGUGGUCAAUUCAACUCUUCUGCGCCUUCAAAUAGAAGACGAGGUUACACUCCAAAUCCCUGAGAUUGACCUGGAUCAAAAGGUGGAUGUGCUUCUUCAUAAUCCAGAGAUGUUAGAGGCAUUGGAGCGGUGUGUGAUGAACUGGCAGACUCAAAUUACCUUUGUAAUUGAGGAACAGCUGAACAAAAAACCGCAGGGACCAGGACCUAUGGCUGAGAUAGAUCUUUGGCAGGAGCGCUCUUCUGUCUUUAAUGCUCUGACUGAGCAGCUUAAGCAGCCUGUGGCAGAGAAGAUCUUUGAGGUGUUGAAGGCAGCAAAAGCAGGAUGCCUUUACAACUUCAAUGGAACGGUUGCUGAACUGACAAAAUACCACAUCGAGGCACAUGAUAAUAUACGCUUCCUAAGAACGCUCGAGAGACACUUCAUGAAUUUGGCUGCAGGAGCCAACUUUGCUUUGAUCUUGGAGACCAUCCCUGAUCUGAUGGAGAGCUUGCAGAUUAUGUGGAUGAUCUCUCUUCACUAUAACUCCAAUGAAAGAAUGGUCCCUUUGAUGGAGCGUAUUGCCUGGCAGUUGUGUGAGCAAGUGGCUCAAGGAGUUGUUGUUACUUCAAUAUUCAAAGAAAACAGAGACGAAGCCAAGACCAAAGUGCAUGAAGCAAGACAAGUUCUGGAACAAUGGAAAUCAUCGUAUUUUGAGAUGCGAGCUCAAAUUGAAAAACUACACCAAACUCCUCACUGGGAAUUUGAUCGCAUAAGACUGUUUGAAAGAUCUGAUUACAUGGCUUCUGUCUGCCAGGACCUGGGUCUGGUUUUUCAGGUUUUGGAGGAGUUCAACAACGUCUUUGGCCCAGAACUAAAAGGAGACAGACGUGUUCACGAUUUACUGAAAGAAGUGGGCGACCUAGUGUUGCCCUUCCAGGAUGUUACCUUCAAUCCUUUCAGCAUAUCAAAGAAAGCCAACUGGAAAACGAUUAUUCAAGAUUUUGAAAAUACAAUCGAGAUUAUCGACAAAAAGGUCAUCGACUUUGUUGAUAUGUCUUUUAACACCCUGCACUUCUCGGCCGCGGCCUUUGAGUUGCUGCAGAAAUUCCAAAAAAUCAGCACUAGAAAAGCCAUCAGCAACCAUUUGAAGAGAAAAUUUGAUGAUAUCCUGACCCAGUACUGCAGAGAGGUGGAUAGCAUAAGUGAAAUCUUUGAAGCGGAGAAGGACAAUCCGCAACUGACAAGAAAUGAGCCUCCUGUUGCCGGAGCUAUAAGAUGGGCUCGAGCUCUUGCCCGCCGUAUCAAAAAAACCAUUCUUCCCUUCCUGAAAGUUCCAGAAAUGCUCAACAGUGAACAGACGUCAUUGGCAAAGAGCAAGUAUGAGAAAUUGGCACUGGAGCUGAAAGCCUACGAGACGAUUAAGUACGAGUCUUGGCUGGAAGAGACAGAGGGCAAAUUAUUAUCACUAAUGAAAAAAAAAUUGUUGACUGCGAAAAAAACCGAAGAGGUGGAUUCAAAUGCAUCUGAAGCAAGCCAGAAAAAGAAUGUGAAAUACAUUGUAAACUUUGCUCCAGAAAUCAAGGAAAUAAUUUCUGAAACAAACUACCUUGUAGGUUUGGGCUUCUUUGUGCCUAAGCUGGCUGAAAAUGUGGCUCUUCAAGAGAACAAUCUCAUCAGGUAUGUGGACGAUCUGAGCAAAUUUGUCAGGCGAUAUCAUUCUGUGAUGGACACUCUGAGUGAGGCUCAAGUCAUUAUGCUGACACCACAAAUCCAGGAAGUCACAAAAGGGAUGCAGUAUGGAUGCAAACGACUCAACUGGAAUUCUUUGGGUAUACAGGACUUCAUCAAUGGAGGUUUACAGAACCUUUCUAAAUUUGAAUCUCUGGUCAAGCAGAUUUUGAACAACGAGAAGGAAAUAGAAUCCAAGUUAUACUUAAUAAUGAUGUCCAACAUAUUAAAUUUUUCAGUACCAGAGACAACAAAUGAUGUACCAGGUCUCAAGGAGUUCUGCAGACGCGUUGAGCUCGAGCGGGUCAAGACAUUGGUCUUGCCUAUUAGUAAAUACACUGAUAUUGGUUUCCUCAUCACUAAGACUGAACAUUUGAUCCUGGGAACCAGCAGCGGAAAAGCCAAAUCUAUGGCAAAUUACUACACUCACUGGGAGCGCAAAGUGUUUGACUCAAUCGUAAAGAUGGUGGUGAGGAGUAUUAAGGAGUUCGACGAGGCGCUCAUGGGAACAACACCUUUGUUUCAAAUUGAUGCCAUCCUUUCUGCGCCCAAGAUUGUGUCGCAACCCCAAAGUAAUGAAAUCUAUUGGGUGCUCAUGCAGUGCAUUAGAGAAUGUAUUGAGAGCACUAAACGGUUUCCACGCUGGAUGAAUGGGACCUGCCUCGAAUGCCCACCACAGCAAGUGCAUGGUGAGGAGGAGUUAGUAACCGUAUCCUUCCUCAGCGACGUCUGGCUUGACCCCUCGCUAAAAGAGACUGCUAUGGCAACUUCUGAAAACAUCAAGCGACUUCUUCUCUCCAUGGAACGAUACCUAAACACCUGGAAACACUACCGAGCCCUUUGGGAAAAGAACAGAACUAUUGUCAAUGAAACGUUUGCAGCAAAGAACCCAUCCUGUGCUAUGUACGAUGAAAAGUUACAGUUCCUAAGUAACAUUAAGCGUAAGGUGAUGCAGGAACCUCGAUUCAAGGCCAAGUACAGUAUCUAUCUGAACCUGGAACCACUGGAGAACACAUUGGAAGAACUCGCUGAGUCCUGGAUUACUUCCCUUAGUAGCUUUCUAAAUAAGCCUGCUAAAGAGGAUCUCUUCAGCUUGAAGGAUGAACUCAUGCAACUCGACAAGAAGCUGAAGAAAAGCCCUGAAACGUUUGAUGACUUGAAGAGUGUGCUGUCCACCAUUUCAGACAUUAGGGCCAUGUCUUUAGAUGUGGAAAUCAGAUACCUCGAUAUCCAGGAAAAAUACAGAACUCUGGCCAUGCACAAUGUGAAGGUUGGAGAAGAUGAACAGGAGCUAGUUGCCAAGAUUGCGCUUAUUUGGCGUGAUCUUUUUGUUGAAGCUAGAGAAGUGGAUGAAAGUCUAGCAGAUGUCAAAAAAUCAUUUACUGAUAUUACAAAGAACAAGAUUGGAGACUUUAAACAGGACCUGCUUGUUUUUGCUGAAAGCUUCAGCCUUCACGGUCCUGGAUCUGUGGGAGAUAAUUUGGAUCAAGGACUUAUAAUAAUGGCUAAAUACGAGGAAGACUUAGCCAGAAUAGAGGCAGAACGGUCUGACCUCACCAAUGCCGAAAAACUGUUAAACCUACCAGUCACCAUGUAUCCAGAGGCUACCAAGAUUCAGAAAGAAAUGCAGGGCUUAAGACAGAUAUAUAGUGUUUAUGAGGCCCAGAAGAAAGCAAAAGCAACGUGGUCUGAGACGUUGUGGGUCGAUUUGGACAUGCAGGUGCUACAGGACGGCAUAGAGGGUUUCAUCAAAAGAUUUAGAAGGCUGCCUAAACAUGUGCGGACUUUACCCGUGGGCUUCUAUCUAGACGCAUGUAUGAAGGAGUUCAAAGAAUCUCUGCCGCUUUUGCUAGAUCUGAAGAAUGAAGCCCUUAGAGACAGGCACUGGAAGGAGUUAAUGGAAAGGACCGGUACCAAGUUUGAGAUGAAUACUGAGAGCUUUACUCUGCAGAACAUGUUUGCUAUGGAGUUGCACAAAUAUGCUGAUGUGAUAGGUGACAUUGUCACCUCUGCUGUAAAAGAGCUGAGUAUUGAGAAGGGAGUGACAGCAGUAUCAGAGACCUGGGACAAUAUGAGGUUUAUCGUGCAGACCUAUUUCAAAGGCACCAAGGAACAUGGUGUUAUUCUAGGUGCUGUAGAUGAGAUCCUACUGAAUGUGGACAAUGAUGUCAUGAACUUACAGAGUAUGGCUGGCAGCCGUUUUGUUGGACCUUUCCUUAAUAUUAUACAACGGUGGGAAAAAGAUCUGUCACUCAUUAGUGAGACAAUAGAGAUAUGGCUGGUUGUACAGCGAAAGUGGAUGUAUCUGGAGAGCAUAUUCAUUGGUGGAGACAUUCGCUCGCAGUUACCUGAAGAAGCUAAGAAGUUUGAUAAUAUUGACAAGAAGUUUAAAGAAAUAAUGACUGACACAGAGAAGAUUCCAAAUAUUAAGCAUUGCUGCCUGGGUCCGAGUCGGCUACCAGACCUACAGGCCUUGAGUCUUGGUCUAGAGAGGUGCCAGAAGAGCCUCAAUGACUACCUGGACUCCAAGCGAAACGCAUUCCCGCGUUUUUUCUUUAUCUCUGAUGAUGAACUGCUCAGUAUUCUUGGGAGUAGCGACCCUACUUGUGUUCAGGAACACAUGAUCAAGAUGUAUGACAACAUAGCUUCACUAAGAUUCGACAUGGAAACCAGUGGUGAGGCAGUAGUUGCUGCCAUGGUGUCUGCUGAAGGUGAGGUGAUGGAGUUUAGGAGCUUCGUCCCAGUGGAGGGAAGGGUGGAAGAGUGGAUGUUGGCAGUACUUCAUGAGAUGCGGAGAACUAACAGGCUUAUCACUAAGGAAGCAAUCUUUCGCUAUUGCGAAGACAGGAGUAGGGUAGAGUGGAUGCUUCUGUACCAGGGUAUGGUAGUGCUUGCUGCAAAUCAAGUGUGGUGGACCUGGGAGGUUCAAGAUGUCUUUAGAAAGGUGAAAGAAGGAGAAAAAUAUGCUCUGAAGUACUACGCUGAAAAGAUGCACCGCCAGAUUGAUGAACUUGUUACGCGCAUCACUCAACCUAUGAAGAAAAAUGACAGAAAGAAGAUUAACACUGUGCUCAUCAUUGAUGUCCAUGCCAGAGACAUUGUGGACAGUUUUGUGGACAACAGUAUAAUGGAUGCACAAGAGUUUGAGUGGGAAAGCCAACUAAGGUUUUAUUGGAUCGAGCACCAUGACGACCUGUUUGUUCAUCAGUGCAGUGCCACGUUUUCUUACGGUUAUGAGUACAUGGGCUUGAACGGUCGACUGGUUAUAACUCCAUUAACUGACCGGAUCUACCUGACCCUCACACAGGCCCUCUCUAUGUACUUGGGUGGAGCUCCUGCUGGACCGGCUGGUACAGGAAAAACAGAAUCCACCAAAGAUCUGGCUAAGGCUUUAGGCCUAUUGUGUGUGGUUACAAACUGUGGUGAGGGCAUGGACUACAUGGCUGUUGGGAAGAUCUUCUCCGGACUUGCCCAGUGUGGUGCUUGGGGUUGCUUUGAUGAGUUCAAUCGAAUAGAUGCUUCUGUGUUGUCAGUUAUUUCUUCUCAAAUGCAGACCAUACGCAAUGCUCUCAUGUUACACUGUAAAACAUUUCAGUUUGAGGGACAAGAGAUCACUAUGGAUGACCGCAUGGGCAUCUUCAUCACCAUGAACCCUGGUUACGCAGGACGUACAGAGCUCCCAGAAUCAGUCAAAGCCCUCUUCAGGCCAGUGGUGGUGAUUGUUCCUGACCUACAGCAAAUUUGUGAGAUAAUGCUCUUCUCUGAGGGAUUCCUCUUGGCCAAGGUGCUUGCAAAGAAAAUGACAGUCCUCUAUAAGCUCGCUCGUGAGCAACUAUCCAAGCAGUCUCAUUAUGAUUUUGGCCUUCGCGCUCUGAAGUCUGUCCUGGUGAUGGCAGGAGAGUUAAAGAGAGACUCAACAAACCUGCAUGAGGACGUAGUGUUGAUGCGCGCUCUGAGAGACAUGAAUCUGCCAAAGUUUGUUUUUGAGGAUGUCCCUUUGUUCCUUGGUCUGAUCGCCGACCUUUUCCCGGGACUUGACUGCCCUCGUGUUCGCUAUCCUAACUUCAAUGAUGCUGUGGAGUACAUACUGGAAGAGAACAAAUAUAUUGUCCUACCUGACCAGGUGGAUAAGGUAGUGCAGAUGUAUGAGACAAUGAUGACCAGACACACUACGAUGGUUGUGGGCCCAACCGGUGGUGGAAAAUCCGUUGUGAUCAGCACGCUGUGUCAAGCUCAGACUAAAAUGGGGCUACACACGAAGCUGUAUCCACUGAACGCUAAAGCCAUGAGUGUCAUUGAACUUUAUGGAAUUCUUGACCCCGACACUCGAGACUGGACUGAUGGGAUUUUAUCCAACAUCUUCCGUGAUAUCAACAAGCCUACUGACAAAAAAGAGCGAAGGUACAUCUUGUUUGAUGGGGAUGUCGACGCCCUUUGGGUUGAAAAUAUGAACUCGGUAAUGGAUGAUAACAAGCUCCUCACUUUAGCUAAUGGAGAACGGAUUCGUUUACAGAACCAUUGUGCACUGCUGUUUGAGGUUGGCGAUUUGCAGUAUGCUUCCCCUGCUACUGUGUCUCGCUGUGGGAUGGUGUUUGUUGACCCAAAGAACCUGCGAUACACUCCAUACUGGCAAAGAUGGGUGGCUAGUCGACCUGAGAAGGAACAAGAGACUCUUAGUGGACUGUUUGAGAAAUAUGUGCACAGUUCUAUUGAAUUGAUUAUAGAAGGUAUUGUUGACGGUAAAAAUGAAGCGAAACUGGAGACGGUGGUCCCUCAGACAGACCUGAAUAUGGUGACUCAGUUGUGCUUAACACUGGAUGCACUGCUGGUGGGUGAUGAUAGCAGCCCUGAUCUCCUGGAGUGUUACUUCCUGGAAGCUCUGUACCUCUCACUGGGAGCCACGUUGGUGGAAAGUGACAGGCUCAAGUUUGAUGAGUUCAUCAAAAGACUUUCCUGCUUAACUGCCGUGCACGAUCCAAAUACACUGGCAGGGCCUAGUGAUAUCCCAGCAUCCCUCCCAACUCUGUUUGAUUUCCAUUUCGAUGGUGUUCAAAUGAAGUGGGUUCCCUGGCGCUCCCUGGUAGAAAAAUACACUCACAAUCCUGAAAUGAAGUUUGCUGAUAUUCUGGUGCCAACUGUUGACACCACACGAACCAGCUGGAUCUUGGAGCAGAUGGUGAAGAUAAAAAGACCAGUCUUACUUGUUGGAGAAUCAGGCACUUCAAAGACUGCCACCAUUCUUAACUUUUUGAAGCAUAUUAAUCCUGAUACAUGGAUUAAUCUGAUCAUCAACUUUUCAUCAAGAACAACGUCAAUGGAUCUGCAGAGAAACUUAGAGGCUAAUGUGGAAAAAAGGACCAAAGAUAUAUAUGGUCCUACAAUGGGGAAGAGACUUCUGGUAUUUAUUGAUGACAUGAAUAUACCAAAGGUGGAUAGCUAUGGGACACAACAGCCUAUUGCACUCCUAAAGCUGCUUUUGGACCGAGGUGGUAUUUAUGACAGAGGAAAAGAACUUAAUUACAAAAUCCUGAAAGACCUCGGCUUUAUUGCUGCCAUGGGAAAGGCAGGAGGGGGUAGGAAUGAGGUGGAUCCACGCUUCAUCUCUCUCUUCAGCGUCUUCAGCAGCCCCUUUCCAUCUUUGGAGUCUCUCCACCUCAUCUAUGCCUCUAUUCUCAAGGGACACACCAAACUAUUUGAGGAGGGCAUUCAGAAGGUGUGCGAUAAAAUCACAACCUGCACCCUGGAACUCUACAACCUCAUCAUAAAAGAUCUUCCACCGACUCCCUCCAAGUUCCACUACAUCUUCAACCUCAGAGACCUGUCAAGAGUCUACAACGGACUGGUUAUCACCAAACCAGAGAUAUUUGUGACUGUCACCCAAUUUGUGCGUGUCUGGAGGAAUGAGUGCUUGAGAAUCUUCCAUGACAGACUCAUUGAUGAAACUGACAAGACGUUGGUCCAAGGUCACAUAAAGAAUCUGGUUGAAGAACAUUUUAAGGCAGAAAUGGAGGCGGUGAUGACCAACCCAAUACUCUUCGGGGACUACAGGAAUGCUUUUAAUGAAACUGAACCCAGGGACUACGAGGACAUUCAAGACUAUGAAUCCUCAAAAGCAAUCUUUGAGUUUAUUCUUGAGGAAUACAAUGAGACCAUGUCAAGGAUGAACCUUGUGCUGUUCGAAGAUGCUUUGGAACAUCUGACUCGAAUUCACCGUAUUGUCCGCAUUGAUCGGGGCCACGCACUGCUUGUCGGAGUGGGGGGCUCCGGCAAACAGUCCCUCGCCAAGCUUGCUGCUUUUGCUGCAGAGUGUGAGGUGUUUGAGAUAACGCUUAGCAGAGGAUACUGUGAGACCAACCUCAGAGACGAUUUAAAAGGCUUGUACUUGAACCUUGGCAUUGAAAACAAGAAGAUAGUAUUCCUUUUCACGGAUGCCCACGUUGCUGAGGAAGGCUUCUUGGAACUUAUCAACAACAUGCUCACCUCAGGCAUAGUUCCUGCACUGUUUCCUGAUGAUGAGAAGGAGGCUGUUCUGAACCAGAUUCGUGAAGAGGCUCUGAAAAUGGGAUCAGGUCCCUCCAAAGAGAGCGUGUGGCAAUACUUUGUCAGUAAAAGUGCUAACAAUCUGCACAUUGUAUUAGGCAUGUCUCCAGCAGGAGACACUCUAAGGACACGCUGCAGGAACUUUCCAGGACUGAUGAACAACACUGUGAUAGAUUGGUUUCUCCCAUGGCCUCGACAAGCAUUGCAAGCAGUGGCUCACUCUUUCCUUGGUGAAAACCCCAUGAUUCCUGAAUCUCUCACUGAGGCAGUCAUAGAUCAUGUGUGCAUGGUCCAUACCAAUGUUGAAGAAUACAGCAACAUUUUCCUGCAGAAACUCAGACGAUAUAACUUUGUUACUCCAAAGAACUACUUGGACUUUAUUAACACCUACUGUACUCUCUUGGAGGAUAAGGACAAAUUUAUUUUAGCUCAAUGCAAGCGCUUAGAGGGUGGGCUGGAUAAACUGAAGGAAGCCAGCGACCAGCUGGCUGAACUUAAUAUCAAGCUUGCAGAUCAGAAGAUUGUCCUUGCUGAAAAGUCGGAAGCUUGUGAAACCCUGCUGGAAAACAUUUCCGUAAACACAAGAGUAGCUGAAGAGAAAAGAACCUUGGCUGAAGACAAAGCUAAGGAGAUUGAAGUACAAAACAAAGUCAUCGCUGUUGAGAAGAAAGAAGCUGAAAGUUCCUUGGCUGAAGCUAUGCCAGCAUUGGAGGCAGCUCGUAUUGCCCUGCAAGACCUGGAAAAAUCAGAUGUGACUGAAAUCCGGUCUUUUGCUAAGCCACCUAAACAAGUGCAAGUGGUUUGUGAGUGCAUUCUGGUGCUGCGUGGCUACAAGGAAAUCAGCUGGCAGUCAGCUAGGGGGAUGAUGUCUGAAGCCAACUUCCUUCGCACCUUAAUGGAAAUGGAUUGUGAUGCCAUAUCUAAUCCCCAGGUCAGGACAGUCAAAGGCUUCCUAAAGAACUUACAGACAAGUUUGGAGGAAAUGCAAGCCAUCAGCAAAGCUGGCUCAGGGAUGCUCAAGUUUGUGGAAGCAAUCGUAGGCUACUGUGACGUCGCCAAGGAAAUUAAACCCAAGAGAGAUAAAGUGGCACGCCUAGAGAAGGACUUUUUUCAGAGCAAGAAGGAAUUGGAACGCAUUCAAAAAGAGCUCACAGAUAUUCAGACAGAAUUGCAAGGUCUUAAAGAGAGGUACGAAGCCGCUAUCCUGGAAAAGCAGAAGCUGCAAGAAGAGGCUGAACUCAUGGAGAGGAGGCUUAUAGCCGCUGACAAACUCAUCUCUGGACUCAGCUCGGAAAAUGAAAGGUGGAACACAGAUUUGGAAGAGUUGAGGCAGAGGCGUGUGCGCCUCCUUGGGGACUGCCUGGUGUGUGCCGCUUUCCUGAGCUACGAAGGGGCCUUUAGCUGGGAUUUCAGGAAUGAAAUGGUGUAUCAAGUAUGGGUUCAUGAUGUGCAGGAGAGAGGCAUCCCCUUGAGUGAGCCUUUCAAAGUGGAAAGCCUUCUUACUGAUGAAACAGAGAUCAGCAGAUGGGGCUCUGAGGGUUUGCCUCCUGAUGAGCUGUCUGUGCAGAAUGGAAUCCUGACAACAAGAGGAAGUCGAUUCGCCUUGUGCAUCGAUCCUCAGCAGCAAGCAUACAACUGGGUUAGAAAGAAGGAGGAAAGCAACAAUCUCAAGAUCUCAUCUUUCAAUGAUCCGGACUUUUUGAAACAGCUGGAGAUGGCCAUUAAAUAUGGCUCUCCCUUCCUUUUCCAAGAUGUAGAUGAGUAUAUCGAUCCAGUAAUUGACAAUGUUUUGGAGAAAAAUGUGAAAGGAGCUGAGGGGCGACAGGUCAUAAUGCUGGGUGACAAGGAGGUGCAUUAUGAUCCCAACUUUAAACUUUAUCUCAACACCAAAUUGUCUAAUCCCAAAUAUUCUCCAGCGGUGUUUGGAAAAGCCAUUGUCAUUAACUACACAGUGACACUUAAAGGUCUUGAAGACCAGCUCCUGAGCGUCAUCAUGGGCUUUGAGAAAAGGGAACUGGAGGAACAACGUGAGCGAUUGAUCCAAGAGACCAGCGACAAUAAGAAACUGCUGAAAAACCUGGGCGACUCCUUGCUUAGAGAGCUAGCCACAUCUACGGGCAACAUGUUGGAUAACACAGAGCUUGUUGAGACUCUUGAGGAAACGAAGCUGAAAUCCACUGAGGUAUUCGAGAAACUCAAGUUGGCUCAGAAGACAUCGCUGGACAUUGAUAAACUCAGAGAUGGAUACAGGCCUGCAGCAAAGCGUGGCGCCAUCCUGUUCUUUGUACUGACAGACAUGGCUCUGGUCAACAGCAUGUACCAAUAUUCACUCGCUUCGUACCUGAAGGUGUUUGACAUGUCGCUACGGAAAGCUCGGCCUGACUCUUCCCUUCUCAAACGACUCGAGAACAUCAUCAGUACUCUGACAUACAAUGUUUAUAACUACGGCUGCACAGGGCUGUUUGAGAGACACAAGUUGCUCUUUUCAUUCAAUAUGACAAUCAAGAUUGAACAGGCAGAUGGGAGGGCACCCCAAGAGGAGCUUGAAUUUCUGAUAAAAGGGAAUCUAUCUCUGGAAAAAAGCUCUAAAAAGAAGCCAUGUGACUGGCUUCCUGACCAGGGCUGGGAGGAUGUUGUGAAACUCUCAGAGCUCUUUCCUGACCAGUUCGACUCGCUGACUGACGACAUCGAGAGUAAUGCCUCUGAGUGGAAAUCAUGGUAUGACUUGGAUGCCCCAGAACAGGCCCCGUUUCCCAUGAAAUAUAAAAAGAACCUCACAGACUUUCAGAAGCUGCUCUUGCUGCGCUGCUUCCGUGUUGACAGAGUCUUCAGAGGUGUGACCGACUACGUCACUGUGAUCAUGGGCGAGAAAUAUGUGCAGCCCCCUGUGAUCAGCUAUGCCUCGGUUUACGAACACAGCACAGCUUCCUCUCCCAUCGUUUUUAUCUUGAGCCCCGGCUCUGACCCGGCCACUGACCUGAUGAAACUGGCAGAAUCUUCAGGCUUUGGAGGCAGCAAGUUCAAGUUUCUCGCUAUGGGUCAAGGACAAGACAAGGUGGCGCUUGAUCUGUUGGACAAGGCGGCCUCUCGUGGUCAGUGGUUGAUGCUGCAGAACUGCCAUCUAUUAGUGAAGUGGCUGAAAGAGCUGGAGAAGGCUUUAGAGCGAAUCACCAAACCCAACCCCAACUUCCGCUUGUGGAUCACAACCAACCCCAUUAAGGAUUUCCCUAUUGGCAUCCUGCAAAAUUCUCUGAAGGUUGUGACAGAACCUCCCAACGGUCUCAAGCUGAACAUGAGAGCAACAUACUCCAAAAUCUCACAUGACAGCUUGUCGGAAUGCGAACACCCUGUGUUCAAAAGCUUGGUGUAUGUGUUGGCCUUCUUCCAUGCUGUGGUUCAAGAGAGGCGAAAGUACGGAAAGAUUGGCUGGAAUGUGUCCUAUGACUUCAGCGAUUCAGAUUUCUUUGUGUGCAUGGAGAUCCUGAACACUUACCUGACUAAAGCAUAUGACCAAGGAGACAUCAACAUCCCCUGGGGUAGUCUGAAAUAUCUUAUUGGCGAGGUGAUGUACGGCGGGCGCGUUAUCGAUAGCUUUGACCGCAGGAUCUUGACUGUCUACAUGGAUGAGUAUCUUGGAGAUUUCCUCUUCUAUACCUUCCGGCAGUUUUACUUCUUCAAAAACAAAGAUGUAGAAUAUAAAAUCCCUCCAACUGGCACAAAGACAGUAUAUGUUGAUGAGAUUGAGAACAUGCCACUGGCAAACACACCGGAGGUGAUGGGUCUUCAUUCCAACGCAGAGAUAGGAUAUUACACUCUGGCUGUUAAAGAGCUGUGGACUCACCUGAUAAACCUUCAACCUCAGUCAGGCGAAUCUAGUGGAAAUGUUACCAGGGAAGAGCAAAUAAGUCAGGUGGCCCAGGACAUCCAGAACAAACUCCCCGAGCUGUUUGACAUGGACGUGAUUCGUAAGAAGUUUGGCACAAACAUUUCCCCAACGACUGUGGUUCUGCUUCAGGAAAUAGAGCGCUUCAACAAGCUGGUGGUUCGCAUGCAGCUGUCUUUGGCUGAGUUGCAAAGGGCGUUGGCUGGUGAGGUGGGAAUGAGCAGUGAGUUGGAUGAAGUGGCUCGGGCCCUUUUCAAUGGCCACAUUCCUGGCAUCUGGAAGAAACUGGCACCUGAGACUCUAAAGUCCCUCGGGAACUGGAUGAUCCACUUCAAGAGACGCUACGAACUGUAUUACCAUUGGGUACAUGAUGGAGAACCAAAAAUUAUGUGGCUAUCAGGACUUCACAUCCCAGAGUCUUAUCUGACUGCUCUGGUUCAAGCUGCCUGCAGGAAAAACGGCUGGCCGCUGGAUCUGUCUACGUUGUACACAGAAGUGACCGAGUUCCGCAGUGAGGAGGACAUCCUGGACAGGCCCAGAAAAGGCUGCUUUGUGUCUGGACUGUAUCUGGAGGGAGCCGACUGGGACAUAGAGAAUAACUGCUUAAUAAAGAGCAAACCAAAAGACUUGGUUGUUGAACUGCCCAUUCUCAGAAUCAUCCCCAUUGAGACAUGUCACCUUCGAUUGCAGAAUACACUGAGGACCCCAGUGUACACAACGUCCAUGCGAAGGAAUGCGAUGGGUGUGGGCUUAGUGUUUGAGGCAGACCUGUCUACAACGCUACACCACUCCCAUUGGGUUCUGCAGGGAGUGUGUUUGUGUCUCAACACUGACUGAAGAUCUCCCUCAGACUUAAAGAGAUGAAAACCUUAGUAUCUGUGCAUGUUUAUUAAAUUAUCAAGUUUAGGUUAGCUUAUUGUAUUAUAUUUGAUUUCUGUUUUUUAUGAAUUGUUGAGAAGUUACAUUUUUGCAAGUUAUUUUUACACGUUUUUGCUGACAUACACCUUAUUUACUUUUUAAAUGUGUUCCUCUUUUUCCCGCUAGAUGGCAGCACAGAACACUGUUUGCUCUCUGCCUGUUUCUUAAGUCCUUCCGUUUAAUGUUACCUGAGCAAUACUGUCACCAGACAGUCUUUUAUCCCACAAAUGCAAAUUAGUUUUCAAAUAAAGAAAUGUUAGUGAACAGUC